AUGGCGUCGAAAUCUUUCAAGUACGUGAUCCUCGGAGGAGGUGUUGCUGCUGGCUACGCAGCUAGAGAGUUUUCCAAGCAGGGAGUUAAACCUGGUGAACUUGCUAUCAUUUCCAAAGAGGCGGUUGCUCCCUAUGAGCGUCCUGCACUGAGCAAAGCAUAUCUGUUUCCCGAGGGAACUGCUAGGCUCCCUGGUUUCCAUGUUUGUGUUGGAAGUGGAGGGGAAAGGUUGAUUCCUGAGUGGUAUUCAGAGAUGGGAAUUUCCUUGAUUCUAAGCACAGAAAUUGUGAAAGCAGACCUUUCUGCUAAGACACUUGUUAGUGCAGCUGGUGAAACAUUUCAGUAUGAAAUACUGAUUAUUGCAACUGGCUCCACUGUUUUGAAGUUGUCAGAUUUUGGUGUGCAAGGGGCUGAUGCAAAAAGUAUUUUUUACUUACGAGAAAUUGAUGAUGCUGACAAGCUCGUAGAAGUAAUAAAAGCUAAGAAAGGUGGUAAGGCUGUUAUUGUUGGAGGAGGAUACAUUGGUCUUGAGCUUAGCGCAGCACUGAGGGUUAAUAACAUUGAUGUCACCAUGGUUUACCCGGAGCCCUGGUGCAUGCCUAGGCUAUUCACAGCUGGUAUAGCUGCAUUUUAUGAGGGUUAUUAUGCAAAGAAAGGAGUCAACAUCAUCAAGGGAACUGUAGCUGUAGGGUUUGAUACCCAUGAAAAUGGGGAGGUGAAGGCCGUCAAACUCAAGGAUGGAAGGGUGCUGGAUGCUGACUUUGUUGUUGUUGGUGUUGGAGGAAGACCACAGAUAUCUCUAUUCAAAGGACAAGUAGAGGAGGAAAAAGGUGGAAUUAAGACUGAUGGAUUCUUCAAAACAAAUUUGCCUGAUGUUUAUGCUGUGGGUGAUGUUGCUACGUUCCCUCUGAAACUUUACAAUGAGAUCAGGAGAGUUGAACAUGUUGAUCAUGCUCGCAAAUCUGCGGAACAGGCUGUUAAGGCAAUUUUUGCAAGUGCACAAGGGAAAGCAAUUGAUGAGUACGACUAUCUUCCGUACUUCUAUUCUCGUGCCUUUGAUCUGUCAUGGCAAUUCUACGGUGACAACGUGGGAGACACUGUACUGUUUGGCGACAGCAGUCCAGAUUCAUCAACUCACAAGUUUGGAUCAUAUUGGAUCAACAAUGGAAAGGUUGUCGGUGCAUUCCUGGAGAGUGGCACCCCAGAGGAAAACAAGGCGAUAGCCAAAGUCGCAAGGGUGCAGCCUGCAGCCGACAAUUUGGAGGCAUUGGCAAAGGAGGGACUUACCUUUGCCAGUAAGAUUUAA